AUGAACAGUAAAGCGCUGAAAAUCCUUCUCUCCCUCUUCACUCUCAACUCCAUCUCUCUCUACCUCUACUUCUCUUCCCACCCCGACAACCACCGCCAGCCGCCGUCCCAAGACCGGACCCCGCCGGAAGAUCGCUCGCCGCCGCACCAUCCUCUCUCCGUUAAACCCUGGCCCAUACUGCCAUCCUACCUGCCCUGGUCGCGUGACGGGCACAAAGCGCCUCCCCGAUCGUGCGAGGCGUAUUUCGGGAACGGGUUCUCCGAGCGCGUCGAUCCUUUGAGACCCACCGCAGAUCCCCACCGGAAAUUCUCCUCAGCCAGCGGCGGCUGGUUCAGGUGUUUCUACAGCGAGACACUCCGGAGCUCGAUAUGUGAAGGGGGCAGGAUUCGGAUGACCCCCGAGAGGAUUUUCAUGUCCAAAGGUGGGGAAAAUUUGGAGAGCGUGAUUGGGAGAGGGGAAGAUGAAGAAUUGCCGAAUUUCGCUAGUGGGGCUUUUGAAAUUGAGACCAGUGACAGAUCGAGAGCUGGGGAGAAGAUGGUGGACAAGGGUUUCUUGGAUAGAUAUGUGCCAGAAGGUGCUAUUGGCAGGCAUACGAUGCGUGCGCUGAUCGAUUCGAUUCGGUUAGCUGAUGCCUCUGAAUUCGUUUGCUCUGAGUGGAUAGAGGAGCCAGUUCUUUUAGUAACACGUUUCGAAUAUGCAAACAUGUUCCACACGGUUACAGAUUGGUACAGUACAUAUGUAGCUUCCAGAGUCACUGGCUUGCCCAAUCGGCCACAUUUGGUUUUUGUGGACGGCCACUGUGAGACUCAACUAGAAGAAACAUGGACCGCAUUAUACUCAUCCCUUAAAUACGCCAAGAACUUCACCCAGCCUGUCUGUUUUCGCCACGCCAUUCUGGUCCCACUCGGAUAUGAGACCCCUCUAUUCAAGGGGCUCACCGAGAACAUAAACUGCCACGGAGCCUCGGCCCAUGAGCUAUGGCAAAAGCCCGAUUCUCAGAAAACUGCCCGACUCACAGAAUUUGGCGAGAUGAUACGGGCUGCCUUUGGAUUCCCAGUCGACCGGCACCAAAUUCCCAAAAUGCCCUCGGCAGACCGCAACAUCCUCUUUGUGCGGCGGGAGGAUUAUCUCGCCCACCCACGUCACGGUGGUAAGGUCCAGACGAGGCUGAGCAAUGAGCAAGAAGUGUUUGACAGUGUAAAUAAUUGGGCCUCGAAUUAUUCAAUGUGUAAACUAAACGUCGUAAAUGGGCUUUUUGCCCAUAUGGCGAUGAAAGAGCAGGUUCGGGCCAUACAGGAUGCUGAUGUUAUUAUUGGGGCGCAUGGGGCGGGCUUGACCCAUAUAGUGUCGGCAGGCCCGAAGGCAGUGAUUUUGGAGAUAAUUAGUAGUGAGUACAAUAGGCCCCACUUUGAGCUGAUUGCUCGGUGGAGAGGGUUGGAAUACCACGCAAUACACCUCGACGGGUCGUAUGCAGAGCCUCGAGUGGUGCUUGAUAGAUUGGGCAGGAUUUUGGGAAGCCUCGGUUGUUGA